GAAUCUUGUUUUUGUGUCGAUCGAUGCUGUUGUUGGUAGACCGAAAAAAUAUUUAAAUUGAAAAGAAACAAAAAAACGGCGAUAAACACCAACUUACCAAAAGAAAAACUGAUGUUAACUGUUCCUUAGCUGUAGGGAGUGCAGUUUUAUUGUCUGAAUGUGCCUUUUAUCAGUGUAAUUACCCGAUAGCCGGUACCGAUAGUAAACCUGCAAUAUGACCGAGACUUCUUGCUAUAUCCUGGACAACGGAGCCUACACGGCCAAGGUGGGCUUCUCCUCUAUGGAGCCGAAGAUCGUGCCGAACUGUAUCAUGAAAGCGAAGUCGGAAAGACGUCGGCCUUUUGUGGGAUCUCAGAUAGACGAUUGCAGAGAUGCAUCUGGUCUUUUCUACAUCCUCCCGUUCCAAAAGGGUUUUCUAAUCAACUGGGACACACAGAAAACGGUUUGGGACUACAUUUUCAGCAAAGAGUGUUGUCCAGUCAACUUUAACGACACCCCGUUGAUUAUAACCGAGCCUCUUUUCAAUUUUGCGUCGAUACAGGAGGCCAUGACUGAGAUUUUCUUCGAAGAGUACGAGUGUCAGUCGUUAUUAAGGAUUAAUGCAACUGAUCUAGCGGAGUAUUGUUACCGGAAGACGCAUAAUAACCAGUGUACCGUUGUUGUUGAUACAGGAUAUAGCUUUACGAAUAUAGUUCCGUAUAUAAACGGUAAGAAGUACCGGGAAGGCAUAAGAAGGAUAGACGUUGGUGGUAAAGUGCUGACUAAUCAUUUGAAGGAGAUAUUGUCGUACAGACAGCUCAAUGUGAUGGAUGAGACGUAUGUUAUCAAUCAGGUUAAAGAGGACUCGUGUUAUGUGUCACAGGACUUUAAAGGCGAUAUGGAGAUAGCUAGAAAGAAAGGCAAUGAAAACACCAUCAUCAAGGACUAUGUUCUUCCCGACUACACAACUAUCCGACGAGGAUUCCUUCGUGAUGUUGUUAAACCAGACGAAGACUUGGAGCAGCAGACUUUACGUUUGAACAAUGAACGAUUCACAAUACCAGAAUUAUUAUUCCACCCUUCAGAUGUUGGAAUCCCACAGAUGGGCAUACCAGAAGCUAUAAUGAAUUCUAUUGAGGCGUGCCCAGAAGAGAACAUGGAAAAUUUGCUGGGAAACAUAGUUUUAUAUGGUGGAAACGCCUUGUUUCCAGGUUUCCGUGACCGUGUUUACAAUGAAGUUCGAUCUCUAGCACUAGACCACUUCGAUGUCAAUGUACAUUUAGCAGAAAAUCCUGUUACGUAUGCAUGGGAAGGUGGAAAGACUAUAUUUAGAGAUCCAGACUUCUAUUCGUUCUGUAUGACGAAAGAGGAGUAUGAGGAAGAAGGGAAGGCUCUAGCAUUUGAACGGUUUGACAUAUAACGGAGAAAACGAGCGAGACUGUCUUCUGACUAAGGCUCCUCGUUCGUUAAACGAUGAAAUGUUAAAGUAAUUAAAUACUAAAAGCUGUUCCUAGGUGAAAUGUAUGAGUGCUGGCGAAUUCUGAUUCAUAAAGUGAAUUUCUGACAGUUUUCAUUCCGGGAUUGCUUUACGGAGCGAAAUAACCACCUACAAAAAACGCCGAUGCGAACGAUUUCGGAAUGAAAACUGUCACGUUUGUAAUUUUGUCUACAAUCCGAUCAAACUAACUGUGCACCACGAUGGAAUGCGACUCUUCGCACACCUUCCCGCGGUUGCCCGGUCCGUACCACAGCGUCGAUGUGACGUCACGGCUGCCAGGUGCGCAGUUAAUUAACUCGCCCGGGUUGUAAGGGGGGUGCAAUUAAACAUCCUUGCAAUGCCCCCCGACGCACAGUGAUUCGAGUAGAACAAGCUAGCUGGACAAUAUUAUUUUUUUACUUUAAUGGGUUUAAUACACGCAUUACUUACUUUUUUGUGCAAUUUAAGAUUAAUUAGGCUUGUUAUUAUAAUUAUUAUAGGUAGGUUUGAAAAAAAAAAUUUUUUUUGGUAAUAAAAUAUUUAUUUCCUAAAAUUAAGAGAAACAGACUAAAAAGGAAAGAAGAAACUAACUUUACAGUAUAAUAAUAAUUGGUCUUAUGAUGUAUUAGGUGUUAAAGUAUGAAAUUCCCGUUUUUAUGGAGAAUUUAAUGAAAAUCAAUUUUUCGAUAUAAACAUUUUUGCGAUUUAUAUGGAACAAAGAAUCUCAUUUUUUUUUAUUUAGUGGGUAGUCUGGGACAACAUUAAUGACUUGCCAAGUGGCUGUGGCCAGCAGACAUUUGCGCUGCAGCUUCAGCAGCCAAUAUCAGUUCUCAAGUACUUCUUGAGGAAAUGAGGUCUAAAAGUCUUCUUCUUUUCGUCUUUUUGCUGGACUCGUCGAACUCCUUGAGUGGUCGUCCAGGUGUAGAAUCUUUCGACGUGGUAGACUGAACUUUAUGAACAGAAACAUGUAACACUAUGGCUCCGGGAAUCCACUCAGUUUUGUUUUUCAUGAAGCGUUCCCUGUUUUGCCGUAUUUCGUCCAUUGAAAUGAAAUUGAAAUGCGACUGAUGCUAUUCUUCAACUCUCUGAGCGAAUUUUCGUGAUCCCAAUACAUCACAUUUUGAGAAUAUAAAUUAAAAAUCAUGCUAUUCUGGUCACUUUUUCAAUGUUUUAAUCAUUAAUCAAAAAACUUGAUUUUUUAUUAAUCUGAAAAAAUAAAAUUGUUGUGCAAAAGUGUGCAAACUGAAACUGGUAUAUUUGAAUACUAGAGGGUUACAGCUACAAUAUAUAUAAAUUCCAGACUGGGGUCAAGUGGGGGCAUACAACUUCUAGUCUUCCAAACAUAAAAUUUUGAGAAAAAUAUAAAGGUCAACAUUUCGCCAUACUUUUUAAAACUAUGUGCAUUAUUAUGCACCUUAUUGUACAGAAAAUAAAAAGUACUUACCCUUAUCUUCAAAAUCCAUCACACAAAUAUUUGGUCACCAUAGUAAAAAAUAAUGUCAGGUGUUGUCGAAAGUCGAGCAAAAUUAGGUAUUAAAAAUUACACUAUCCUCAUAUCCUCACUUACCAUGUUAAUUACUCACGACUAGGUAAUUAACAAAGUAAAAAAUUGUGGAAUCCUUAAUGUCUGGGAUGUUGUUUAUCGUUUUUUAUAAACGAUAAUCAGAAAUUCAACAAUGACUUUUGUCCAGCUAGCUUGUUCUACACGAAUCACAGUGCGACGCUUAUAAAUAUUCUUAACUAGACGUGGACGCUAUUUGGUGGUCCCGGAAUCAAAGCCGGAGUAGAUAUAAAAAAAUUGCAACUAUUUUUAUAAAAUGUGAUAAUGAAAUGAUGUCGAAAUUAUAAUAAUUUGAAUUACGUGAGAA